UUUCAGACUCACUGAUGAUCACACAGCAGCAAAAUGCCUGAAGCUGAUGUAACGUACGCUGAUGUUCAGUUCAAAAGACCAAAGACCAAUGAUCCGUUUCUAUCAUCGGAUGACACCACGUACUCUGAAAUCAAGACGCAGAGAUCAGAGCUACCAGUCUGCGCUAACUGCAGCCAGCAACAGGUCGGGUCAAACAGGAAGCGUCAUGUGACCUCAGAGCGAGCGGCGCUGCUGGUUCUCAGCCUUCUUCUGGUCGCUGCCAUCAUCGCUCUCGGAUUCACUAUAUUUAACAACGUGGGAACCAAGAGAAACGUCACCAAGUCUGAAGAUGAACAACUUAAAGAAGUAAAAACAGGAAGCUCAGAUCAGACAAAAUCUCCACCACCUUCUUCCUGUCCACCACCUCCAACAUGUCCUCUUCCUUCUACAUCUCCACCACCUGGACUAAACCUCAAUGAGAAACGUCUGAAGUGUGAAGCAGGCUGGGAGCCUCAUGGAGAAAAGUGUUAUUAUUUCACCACCACUAAAUCAUCCUGGAAGGACAGCAGAGAUGGAUGUAAACUUAACGGAGGAGACCUGGUGAAGAUAGACAGCAGGGAGGAGCAGAUAUUCCUGGAGGCAAGACUGAGAGAGAAAAUGGAGGAAGCUGAGGACAAGUUCUGGAUCGGACUGACAGACUCAGAGGAAGAAGGAAGAUGGUUGUGGGUGGAUGGAUCGUCUCUGGACACAUGUUUGAAGUUUUGGAACGGCAAUGAGCCGGAUGACUGGAAAGGUAAUAAUGGCACAAAUCCUGAUGGAGAGGACUGUGUGAGGAUGGGGGAGAAAGGAGGAGCUGCUGAUCUGAAGUGUUGGUUUGAUAAAUCCUGCAACGUCCCUCAUAAAAGUAUUUGUGAGAAAGCAGCAGAAACUAGUUGAAUUUAAUCUGUAAGAGUUUAAAGUUUCAGCUUGUAAAACAAUCUCAGUUCAGGAUCCAGAAGCUGCAGCGAUGCUGUUUUUAUAAAUCUAAACAUUUAAUUUUCCUUCCAGACAUGUUGAAACAAACAUAAAAUACUCUCAUUUCAUUCUUUGUCUUCUUUAUUUUCUUAUUAUUACAACAGCAGGAUCAACAGUGA